AUGGGCAAGCAAAAAAUCGACGAAGGAGAAGUGGGUCAGUAUAUUGGAUUGGUACCUCAGAUUGGAUUGGACCAUGCGGCGGACUACGAAGCAGCUAGACCCGGGCUUAUGCCCCGGAGGGAUUCCAGGCCGACGAUUCAAGAUGUGUGCUCCAAAAUUAUAGAAGAUAAUGACAAAUUUCAAGUAAAUCUCGACGUCAAGCACUUCGGGCCUGAAGAAAUUUCGGUGAAAAUCGCGAAUGGAUGUUUCAUAGUCGAAGCCUUGCACGAGGAACGAGCGGACAAACACGGCUGGUAUACUUCGAGAAAUUUCAAGAGGCGUUAUCCCUUGCCGGGAGGCGUCGAUCUGGAUGCCGUGACAUCCACACUAUCUUCAGACGGAGUAUUGAGCAUCACGGCACCAAUAAAAACACCGAAGGAUAGCGAUGAAAGGAUCGUUCCCAUCGUUACCAUAGGGCCGAUGGAGAAGCAAGGUAGGAAGAAGGUAUUUGCGAAAUUC